AUGGCCCGGUUGCAAGAUCGUUCACGGGAAACCGCGCGAUCACAAGGAAGUGUAGAACAAGCAAACGUGGAUAUCGAGGAUAUCUUGAGCGUUCAUCAAAGAGAAACAAAAACUACCGAAUGGGCCCGAUUUUUGCCCUUGAUUCAAUAUCGUAAAAACAUCAGAUUUCAUUCCGGUAGAAAUUUCCUGAAUUCGCAAAUCAGAGGAAUAAUGACGCCGAAUUUCAACUUGGGAUUGUGUUCAAAAAGA